UGAUCAUACAGACCAGUCGAAGGGCACACGCAGAAGCAUUCCCAAACAACAAUUAAUAGAAGAGCGCUAGCCGUUUGGAUUGGUGUAAAUUUAGUACAAUGGCCACCUUGAGAGUUGAAGUAAUCUCCAAAGAAAUCGUCAAACCUUCUUCUCCAACCCCAGAUCACCUCCACCAUUACCAACUCUCCUUCAAUGAUCAAAUGGCUCCCCCAGUUUAUAAUCCUUUGGUUCUCUUCUAUGUCUCGGUUGAGGGCACCAAAUUCAACGUCGUUGACAUAUCCAACUGCCUUAAGAAAUCCCUCUCCGAGGUCUUAACCCUUUACUACCCACUCUCCGGACGCACCAAAGACAACAGUUUCAUCGACUGCAACGACGAGGGCAUUCCUUACCUUGUAGCUCGAGUCAAGUGCAAUAUUUCUGAUGUUAUUCAGAACCCAGUACCUGGAGAACUCAACAAGUUAGUCCCUUUUGAACUCGACGCUGUCACUGAUAUCUCCUUUGGCGUCCAACUCAACGUGUUUGAUUGCGGUGGGAUCGCCGUUGGAGCAUGCAUCUCUCAUAAGAUUGCAGAUGCGUUGUCGUUCUUCGUGUUCAUCAAUACCUGGGCAGCCACUGCUUCCGGAGACACAGAUAUAGUUUCUCCGAAAUUUGUAGCCGCCUCGCUUUUCCCACCAAAGAAAAUACCUGGGGUUUUUCCCGUCGGAGUUGGGAUCACAAAGGAUAAUAUCAUAACCAAUAGGUAUGUGUUCGAUGCCUCGAUGAUUGAAUCUCUUAGAGAAAAAUACUCUGACAGCAACGACUUUGAGGAUCAGAAACUGCCAUCGCGCGUCGAGGCUUUGUCGGCUUUCAUUUGGAGCCGAUUCGUCGCCGUCACCAAGGAUGAAUCCGAACCGCAAAAGCUGUACGCAGUGAAUCAUGCAGUGAACCUGCGCCCGAGAUUCGACCCUCCACAACCACAAUCUUCCUUCGGCAAUCUUUUCUCCCUUGCCAUUACAGUUCCGUCAUUGGAGGCAGGGGAAGCGGCCGGUCCUGGUCUCGUGCGCCAGAUGAGAGCUCAAAUAAGCAAAGUUGACAAAGAUCACGUGAAGGAAUUCCAAGGAGGAAGCCAGCAAUGGGAUUCCAUGAGGGACCGUGCUGCAAUGUUCAUGAAGGGAGAGAUGGUUACGUUCAGUUUCACAAGUUUGUGCAGGUUACCUCUGUACGAAGCUGACUUUGGUUGGGGAAAGCCUAUUUGGGUUGGGUCGCCUGCUCUGAAUUUCAAGAACUUGGUUUUCUUCAUAGAUACCCCAUCGGGCGAUGGAAUAGAAGUAUACGUUAGCUUGAAGAAGGAUGAGAUGGCUAAAUUCGAGAGGGACGAGGAGUUCCUAACUUUCGUUUCUCAAACUUGAGGUAUUGAAGUGAAGAAGAAUUAAUUAAUGCGUAUUCUCAAGUUUGAGUAAAUAUGCGAAUAAAACUGUAAAGACAGCGUCAAUUGCCUUCCCAUUUUAUGUCCGUUUGAGUCGAUAUCCUGAUAUAUCGCUACAAUAAAAUUACUUGUUUACGAUCAAUUAUUUAUAAUAAAAUAAUUAUUUAUAAUUAAA